AUGAAGUCUUGUUCCAAAGAUAAGCAACGAAGACUCCUCCGGUUGUAUCUCCACUUUAUAGUAGAAACUGUAGCCGUCACGCCAAAAAGGACCCGCUGGAACAGGGCAGUCGUCUCUCGAACCGGGCAGUCGUCUCUCAAACCGGGCAGUCGUCUCUGGAAUCGGGCAGUCGUCAUUCGAACCGGGCAGUCAUCUCUGGUACCGGACAGUCGUCAUUCAAACCGGGCAGUCGUCUAUCGAACCGGGCAGUCGUCUAUCGUACAGGGCAGUAGUCAAUCAUCAUCCUCGUCGGCUCCCUCGGUUCCCACUGCCAAAGCCUUCAGUCACAUUCAUUUUAUAGACCAUGACGAAGCAGCCGAUUGGUUAAGUGGGAGAGUUUUACAUAUGCGUAGGAGCACUCCGCCAAUUCUCUCUUCCUCCAACUGCUCCGUGACACCAUACGCAUGCAAUGCGUGGAGGUUUUCGGAUAUGAUGUCGCUCUGUUCAUUAUCUAUCUAUCUAUCUAUCAGAGUCUUUUCAUUAAUCUAUCUAUCUAUCUAUCUAUCUAUCUAUCUAUCUAUCUAUCUAUCUAUCUGGGUCUGUUCAUUAUCUAUCUAUCUAUCUAUCUAUCUAUCUAUCUAUCUAUCUAUCUAUUUAUCUAUCUAUCUGAGUCUGUUCAUUAUCUAUCUAUCUAUCUAUCUAUCUAUCUAUCUAUCUAUCUAUCUAUCUGAGUCUCUUUAUUAUCUAUCUGAGUCUCUUCAUUAUCUAUCUAUCUAUCUCAGUCUUUUCAUAUCUAUCUAUCUAUCUAUCUAUCUAUCUAUCUAUCUAUCUAUCUAUCUCAUCUCUUCAUUAUCUAUCUAUCUGAGUCUCUUUAUUAUCUAUCUAUCUGAGUCUGUUCAUUAUCUAUCUAUCUAUCUCAGUCUUUUCAUAUCUAUCUAUCUAUCUAUCUAUCUAUCUAUCUAUCUAUCUCAGUCUGUUCAUAUCUAUCUAUCUAUCUAUCUAUCUAUCUAUCUGAGUCUCUUUAUUAUCUAUCUGAGUCUCUUCAUUAUCUAUCUAUCUAUCUCAGUCUUUUCAUAUCUAUCUAUCUAUCUAUCUAUCUAUCUAUCUAUCUAUCUAUCUAUCUAUCUAUCUAUCUCACUAAGUCUGUUCAUUAUCUAUCUAUCUAUCUAUCUAUCUAUUUAUCUAUCUAUCUAUCUAUCUGAUCUCUUUAUUAUCUAUCUAUCUGAGUCUGUUCAUUAUCUAUCUAUCUCAGUCUUUUCAUAUCUAUCUAUCUAUCUAUCUAUCUAUCUAUCUAUCUAUCUAUCUCAGUCUGUUCAUAUCUAUCUAUCUAUCUAUCUAUCUGAGUCUGUUCAUUAUCUAUCUAUCUAUCUGAGUCUGUUCAUUAUUUUUCUAUCUAUCUAUCUAUCUAUCUAUCUAUCUAUCUAUCUAUCUAUAUAUCUAAGUCUCUUCAUUAUCUAUCUAUCUGAGUCUGUUCAUUAUCUAUCUAUCUCAGUUUUUUCAUAUCUAUCUAUCUAUCUUUCUCAGUCUGUUCAUAUCUAUCUAUCUAUCUAUCUAUCUAUCUAUCUAUCUAUCUAUCUAUCUAUCUCAGUCUGUUCAUAUCUAUCUAGCUAUCUAGCUAUCUCCGUCUGUUUAUAUGUAUCAACCCAAACAGCAUGUGAUUUUUGA